GGGAGGGUAAAUUCGCCGCCGCCGAAGCCGGUUGUCGCGAUGUACUCGCCGAUGAUGCGGCGUUGAAUUUUUCGAUUUCCCUGUCGUCGUUUAUAGUAUCUUCCAGAGGGAGAGAGUGAACAGCUGUAAGUCGCAGGGAAACGAAACUUUUUUUUAAAUCACAAAAAUGGAUCUCACCGAUGACAAUCUGUUGACGUUGAGCGAGUAUCUCAAGCACACCCUCAGUCCGGAUGUGAACGUCAGGCGUCCAGCCGAGAAAUUCUUAGAAUCGGUGGAAGUCAAUCAAAACUAUCCCUUACUGCUGCUCCAUUUGGUGGACAAAUCUGAAAUUAAUAUCACUAUCAGAAUCGCUGGUGCUGUUGCGUUUAAGAAUUAUGUUAAGCGUAAUUGGAAAGUGGACGAGGAUUCAGCAGAUCGCAUACAUAUUCAGGACAGAGACGCUAUCAAGAAGUUAAUUAUUAAUCUAAUGUUACACUCGCCAGAUUCGAUACAGAAACAAUUGUCAGAUGCUGUAUCCAUUAUUGGCAAAUAUGAUUUUCCAAAUAAGUGGCCGGAACUGAUCGAUCAGAUGGUAGAUAAGUUCAGUACCGGUGAUUUCCAUAUAAUUAAUGGAGUUUUACACACCGCUCAUUCCUUGUUCAAAAGAUAUAGAUACGAAUUUAAAAGUGACACUCUAUGGAGAGAAAUAAAAUUUGUGUUGGAUAAGUUUGCGAAGCCUUUAACAGAUUUGUUUUUAGCUACAAUGAAUUUAACGCAAGUACACGCCAAUAAUGUGGAUGCUUUAAGAGUCAUUUAUAAUUCUUUAGUUAUCUUGUGUAAAGUGUUUUAUUCCCUUAAUUUUCAAGAUCUACCAGAAUUUUUUGAAGAUAAUAUGGAAGCAUGGAUGAGAAACUUUCACACCUUGUUGAAUGCAGAUGUUCCCUCCUUGCAAACUACAGGCGAGGAAGAAGCAGGUGUAAUAGAACAAUUAAAAUCGCAAGUGUGUGACAAUGUAGGCCUAUAUGCUCAAAAGUAUGAUGAGGAGUUCCAACCAUAUUUACCCGAAUUUGUUACAGCAGUUUGGAAUUUACUUACAUCUACAGGACAACAACCCAAAUAUGAUGCGUUAGUUUCAAAUGCAUUGCAAUUCCUGGCCACAGUAGCUGAUCGAGCACAAUAUAGGCAUUUAUUCGAAGAUCCGACAACUCUUAGUAGUAUAUGUGAAAAAGUUAUUAUCCCUAACAUGGAAUUUAGAGAAUCAGACAAUGAAUUGUUUGAGGAUAAUCCUGAAGAAUAUAUUAGACGGGAUAUCGAAGGCAGCGAUGUCGAUACCAGAAGGCGUGCUGCGUGUGAUUUAGUUAAAGUAUUGUCCAAAUAUUUUGAAGCGAAAAUAAUGGAAAUUUUUGGAGCAUAUAUACAGAUAAUGUUGCAAAGUUACGCCGAUAAGCCGUCAGAAAACUGGCGCAGCAAAGAUGCUGCUAUUUAUCUUGUCACAAGUAGUGCGAGCAAAGGACAAACGCAGAAGCACGGAGUUACUCAAAGUAGCGAAUUGGUCUCGUUACCGCAAUUCGCUGCACAAUAUAUCGAACCUGAGUUAUCAAAACCAAACGUGAAUGAGUUUCCGGUACUUAAGGCAGAUGGAAUAAAAUUUAUAAUGACGUUCAGAUCGAUAUUACCUCGUGAUAUGGUAGUAGGAAGUUUACCACAAUUAACAAGACAUCUCAGUGCCAGCAGUAUCGUUGUGCACAGUUAUGCUGCUUGUGCAAUUGAAAAGAUAUUGGCGAUGAGGGGUGCUGAUAAUGUGUCCAUAGUUAAAGGUGUCGAUCUGUCGCCGUUAGCAACAGAUUUGUUGAAAGGACUUUUCGCGUGCAUGAACAUUACGGGCUCCGAGGAGAACGAAUAUGUCAUGAAGGCCAUUAUGAGAAGUUUCGGUAUUUUGCAAGAAGCUGUAGUGCCUUUCUUAGCCGAAUUACUUCCGAAACUCACCGAGAAACUUGCGAUCGUGUCUAGGAAUCCAAGCCGGCCAAACUUUAAUCAUUAUCUCUUUGAAACCUUAAGUUUGUCUAUCAAAAUUGUUUGUAAAACAAACUCUGAGGCAGUGUCAUCUUUUGAACAAGCAUUAUUCCCCAUUUUCCAAGAAAUUUUACAACAAGAUAUACCAGAGUUCAUUCCCUAUGUCUUUCAAAUUCUUGCACUACUUUUGGAGUUGCGAACCAGUCGAGAUGUACCAGAGACCUACAUGGCUUUGUUCCCGUGUCUGUUAUCACCCGUAUUAUUUGAACGUCAGGCCAACAUUCAUCCUUUGAACCGUUUAUUACAAGCAUUUAUUAGUCAUGGUUCGCAUCAGAUUGUAGCGCAAGAUAAGACGAGUGCAUUACUAGGAGUAUUUCAGAAGUUAAUUGCAUCGAAAGCAAACGAUCACGAAGGAUUUCUACUGAUACAAUGCAUCAUUGAAUAUUUUGAACCGACCAUUUUGGAGCCAUACAUGAGGCAGGUCUUCGUGCUUCUCUUCCAAAGACUUUCUACCUCAAAGACAACGAAGUUUGUAAAAGGUCUAAUAGUAUUUUUUGCAUAUUAUAUUAUUAGAUACACAGCGUCGAACUUGAUCGCGAUUAUUGACCAGAUUCAACCACAAAUGUUUGGAAUGGUGGUGGAGCGCGUGUUCAUAACCGAUCUGCAGAAGAUAUCGGGUGAGAUAGAGCGCAAAGUGGUGGCUGUCGGAAUGUCAAAUUUGCUAAUCGAUUGUCCCGCGAUGCUUGAAGCUCCCUAUCAUUCGUACUAUGCUCGUCUAUUGGCCGCGUUGGUGGAAUUCUUUGAGCUGCCGCAGGAUCAAACUUCAUUACCGGAAGACGAUGUGUUCCCGGAAGUUGAUGACACGGUCGGGUAUCAAGUGGGCUACAGUCAACUCAUCUGUGCGAGAAAUUCUCGGAAGGAUCCCUUGUCAAAUAUCGGUGAUAUACGUUUGCAUUUGGCGCAAGGUCUCGGGAGACUAUCGCCGGGACAUUUGCCAGGAUUGUUGGGUCAGAUUCCUGAGCCGAAUGCAAAUCACUUGAGAAAUUAUCUCCAAACAGCUGGUAUUACUGUUGCAUAAUAUGAGCUAGAUGUCCGAGAUAGAUUGAAGAUCCAUUUAAUAGCUCGAAGAAUUAACAAUAUUGAACUUGAUAAAUUGUAAUUAAAGAAAGAUCCCUUUUAUAUGAUAAUUGUACAAUUCAUGAAAAAAUAUACAUUAUCGAUUCAGCCUAUUUGUAAUAGGGAGAUAUAAUAGGAAA